UCCCUUCCCUCAGCAGUCACGCGACUCACUUUCACUCUCUGUCCACCUCUCCUCUUUUCCAAGCAUUCAUUCCUUCACCAACUUUACCAUUUCCUCUCUAGCUGAGCACGCGAGAGGCAGAAAAAAAUCGGGACCAGGAGAGAACAACUGCAGACGGACCGAUAGAUAACCAUGGAGAGGAAGGUCGUGGUGGUAUGCAGUGUGGUGGGAUUCUUGGGGCUGUUAUCCGCUGCCACAGGUUUCGGUGCAGAAGGAACCAGGAUUAAGGGCUCUGAGGUACAAUUCACUACGCCUACGCAGUGUGAAUACCCAAGGAGUCCCGCUCUACCUCUUGGUUUAACUGCAGCAGUGGCUCUCAUGGUAGCUCAAGUACUUAUUAAUGUCUCAACUGGAUGCAUUUGCUGCAGAAGAAACCCGUACCCUUCAAAUUCUAAUUGGACGCUGGCUUUAGUGUUCUUUGUAGUUUCAUGGUUCACAUUCAUAAUAGCGUUUCUACUGUUGCUGACGGGAGCUGCCCUUAAUGACCAACACGGGGAAGAGAGCAUCUACUUUGGGAACUACUACUGCUAUGUCGUGAAACCCGGAGUAUUUGCUGGAGGAGCCAUCUUGUCUCUGGCUAGCGUAUCCUUUGGGAUUAUGUAUUACCUCACCUUAACUAAAGCAAAGACCAGCAGCAAUGAUCCAUGGGUUUCGGGCCAAGGAGGAGGCAUAGCUAUGGGACAGCCCCAGCUCCCGCCACAGAACACUCAAGAUCCAGUGUUUGUGCAUGAAGAUACAUACGUGAGACGGCAGCUAGCCAGAUGAUGUUAACUUGUUAAGACAUUGCAUUAGCUUUUUGGUACCACUGAUGAACAAGCUCGCGGCAUGAUGCCGGUAGAUAGGUUCUCCUUCUUACUAGGAUGUAUUGGGGAUGAUGGACUUCAGUUUUAUGCCAUUAGAAAAUAUUUUUUUUUCUCCAUCGAUGCGAAUUACGUGCAAGCUCUGGUUUGUUGUGUUGAUGACAUUUCAUGAAGAUUUUAUGAGGUGACAAUAUGAAGCAGUA